AAAUUAUGUGCGUGAUGGGUUUUCAUACGUACUCGAAUGGGUUUCGGGUCACGUGGUCAGGUAAUAUAAAUAGUAGGACCAUGCGGUGGCUUGGCACUCUAAGCUCGCUCGCUAGUAGUAGUAGUUAAAAUGGCUACAGAUGAUAUGGAAAGUGUUGAUUUAGGACUAUCAAACGAAGAGGCAGUUUCGUUAUUUAGUUCAUCAUUAAACAAAGCGCUGGAAAAGCAGAGUAAUUUAAUUGUGAAUACCAUAACGGGGCUCACUGAGCAACUUGCAAAAAACAAUACGGUAAGCGGUGCUGCGCACGUGGCAGAGACCGGACCAGCUUUUGAAUUUAAGCACGAGGGGCACAAAAUCCAAUUCACUUUCAACCAGGAGAGGUCUCAAAAGUUGGCUGAAAUUGAAGGUCUAGUUCAGGAGGGAAACUUAGCGAAGGCCGCGCUCGUAAUUAACGAAGAAAAAGCCGCUCUACAACAAAGAAACAAAAUCCUUAAAAUCGCUGACCGUCAUGGCUGGGACACAGUACACGACUAUCUGGACGACCCGCUGGCAGACGGUACUGAAGAUGCUGCUAAGCUUCGUUACGCUAUGGGUCGUGCUGCAAGGAAACGUGCCUACAGAAGUAGACCGUACGGCAGGCGCAGGGGCGGUUUUGCGCCCAGUGACUUUUUUCGUGGCUUUAGCCAGUCGUAUAGCUCCACCGACAAAUUCAGCAAUGCAACCUCAAAAGUCGGACCCACAGGAUUUCAAUUCCCAAGAGAGCGUGCUGGGUGUUUCUACUGUCGGCAAGUCGGUCACAUGGUCAGGGAAUGCCUCUAUCUCAAAGGACAACCAAUCCCAACCUUGUCAGCACCGAAUACUAGCGGAGUCCCAAAACAGUGAACAUAGUGAAGUUGAGUAUAUGUUUGAUUUGCAUGAGAAAUAUGAAUAUAAACAAAAUGUUAAAGUUAUUAAUGUUAAAUCAAAGCUCAAGAAAAAUGUGGGUUUUUGGAAUACUGAACUGAAUGCUAAUAGCUUUAUUUUGAAUGUUAUAAAAUGUGGGCAUGCAAUUCCUUUUAAAGAAUUUCCAACGAGUAUCAUCUUAAAGAACAACAAGUCAUCAUUGAAUAAUGCAGAUUUUGUUCAUGGCGCUGUUUCAGAACUUCUUGAUAAUGGGUGUAUAAAGGAGGUUAAUAAGCCAUCUUUUGUAGUUAAUCUAUUGACAGUUUCGGUCAAUACCUCAGGUCCGCAAUAUUUGGACGGAAAUUCAGGAUUUGGAAAAGGACAACAGAUUUUCGUCAGCAGCUUCGAACAUUCGUUAUAUCAUCAGAAAAGGAAAGAGCGACAACUCGAAUAAAAUUUAUGAUUCUUACUUCAAGAAGUUUCAAAGCUGGUGUUUAAAGCAUUGCGUUUCUCAUCUGCCAGAUACAGUGAGUACAGUAGCCGUUUUUCUUAGCAGUCUAGUGCAGGAGUCAGUGUCUGAAUCAGUGUUAUCAGCAUAUUUCUACAGUAUUAAGUGGUACCACGAUCUAAAUGUAUAUGUUAAUAAUCCGUGUGAUUCUAAGCUUUUACAUAUGGUUAUGGAGGGAGGAAAGAGAAUUCUUAGCAAGCCGAUCCAGAAGAAGGAACCGAUUACUCCUGAAAUUUUAGAACAGACCAUAGCGAAGUAUGGAAAUGACAACUGUAAACGUGAUUUAUUAUGUGUAAGAUUGUGCGCUAUGUUUUUGAUUGGAUUUGCAGGAUUUUUCAGAUGCAAUGAGUUAGCAAAUUUACGUGUUAGAAAUAUAUCAUUUCAUGAGAUGUAUAUGUCUGUACAUAUUGAAAGUAGCAAAACUGAUGUUUAUAGACGAGGUAAUGAUGUGCUUAUUGCUAGUACAGGUAAAUCUACCUGUCCUGUUUUUUGGACAAAGCUUUAUUUGCAGCUUGCAGAAUUAUCGGAUAAGCCAGACAAUUUCAUUUUUCGUUCCAUACGUUAUUUGAAAUCGCAAAAAUGUCACAAGCUUUGUGUCAUUAACAAACCUUUGUCUUAUACUAGGGCGCGUGAAAUUCUGCUUGAGGCUAUAUCGUCUAUUGGUUUAAAUUCAAAGCUUUUUGGUUUGCAUAGUUUGCGCAGUGGCGGUGCUACAUCUGCAGCUUCAAGUGGGGUAAAUGAUAAAUUAUUAAAACUACAUGGCCGAUGGAAAUCGGAUUUUUCAAGGGACAAUUAUGUUAAAGACACUGUUGUAAAUCAAUUAAACGUUACAAAAAAUUUAAGCAUAUAAAAUUAAAUGUUUAUAGAUGUAUGUUGUCGUUUAUUGUGUUAUUAAUUGUAUUGCUUGUAUAUCUGUCAGCCAAACGUCAUAUUAGUAUCUCUUUGAAUCUCUAAACGCUAGCGAGCAGCGUACCUAUGUAGUACUUGUUGGUUUUAUUCAUUUAGCACUUUAUUGUUUUAUAUUCGGACGAACGUAGUGAGGGAGAAUAUAAUUGAAAUUAUGUGCGUGAUGGGUUUUCAUACGUACUCGAAUGGGUUUCGGGUCACGUGGUCAGGUAAUAUAAAUAGUAGGACCAUGCGGUGGCUUGACACUCUAAGCUCGCUCGCUAGUAGUAGUAGUUAAAAUGGCUACAGAUGAUAUGGAAAGUGUUGAUUUUUGGCUGACAGAUGGUUGUUUAAUGUGUUUUUGUGUAUAAAUAAAAUAACGCUAGCGAGCAGCGUACCUAUGUAGUACUUUUUGGUUUUAUUCAUUUAGCACUUUAUUGUUUUAUAUUCGGACGAA